CUGGGAUUUCCUAUCAUAGCUACUAAACUAGACCAGGGUCUGAUAUGUUUAUAAUACUUGAAGAGGCUUAUGAGCAAGAGAAUUACUAUUAAGGGAUGAGCCCAUGACUAUGGGGGACUGGAACUUGCUGGGCAGCAUCCUAGAAGAAGUACACAUCCAUUCUACCAUAGUGGGCAAAAUCUGGCUCACCAUCCUUUUCAUAUUUCGAAUGCUAGUUCUUGGUGUUGCAGCUGAAGAUGUCUGGGAUGAUGAGCAAGCAGAGUUCAUUUGCAACACAGAGCAGCCUGGCUGCAGCAAUAUCUGCUAUGACAAAGCUUUUCCCAUCUCCCUGAUCCGUUACUGGGUGCUACAGGUAAUCUUUGUUUCAUCUCCUUCCCUCGUUUAUAUGGGUCAUGCCCUUUACAGACUCCGGGCCCUUGAGAAAGAGAGGCAGCGGAAGAAAGCUCACCUCAAAGCACAGCUGGAAGAGAUUGAGCUUAUAUUGGAAGAACACAGGAGAAUAGAGAGGGAAUUGAGGAAGCUGGAAGAACAAAAGAAAGUAAACAAGGCACCCUUGCAAGGGGCAUUGCUGUGGACCUAUAUUCUGCAUAUCCUGACCCGGUCAGUCUUAGAAGUGGGUUUUAUGGUGGGUCAGUAUCUUUUAUAUGGGUUUCAAAUGUAUCCACUUUAUAAAUGCACUCGCCCACCAUGUCCUAACACUGUGGAUUGUUUUAUAUCUAGACCAACAGAGAAAACUAUCUUCAUGGUUUUCAUGCACAGUAUUGCAGCAGUUUCUCUCUUUCUGAAUGUUUUAGAGAUUGUCCACUUGGGGAUAAAGAAGAUUAAAAAGACCCUUUGUGGGACGCUCAAGGAGGAGCUUGUAGCCACUGAUAAUGAUGUUAACUUUUCCAAAAAAAAUUCAGUGAUACAGCAGAUUUGCAUCAUGUCUAACUCGUCUCCCCAAGGCAGUUUUAAAUUUAUGCCAGACCAGCAAGUUGGGCUGCCAGCUUACUUGGCUCCUGAGGAAGGAUUCACACCUGCUGAACAAAACCAGAACCCAAUAAAUGCAGAACAACAAUGGUGCAGCAACCAGAGAAGCAGGCCAAAUCAGCACCAGGGUCAACUCCACCAUCUCUGCAGACAUCUAGAACAUCCUAAUGAGUGUGAUCAGCACCACAGACAGCUCCCCAGGCACCUCCAAAAUCUCAUAGGUCAGCGGCAUGAUUAUCAACAACAGAAUGAGUCUUCCAGCAGUGAGGAUGUCCAGAAGCCGUCACAGCAGGGCACCAACAGCUAUCGAAAGAAUGAACAGCAUCCUCUAGAACAUUCCAAGAAUCCUCAAUAUGGUCCUAAAGCUUGCAUUAUCUCCAGUCAUAUGGACAGCCCUCAAGGCAUUCUUCGAAAGCAUAGCCGGGCACUCAGCUGCAAGGACUUAGGAACUGAUCGUUGUGACUCUCCAGACAGCGGGCGUCAUCAGAACCGCAAGUCUAGCUUUUUGUCCAGGGUCUUGUCAGAAAGCCAGCUGGACACAGACUCAGACACCUCAGACUCGCGGAAUGGCUCUGGCUCAGAUGCCAAACACAGAGAUGAUAGCAGUCUUCCUAACACACCACCACUUCCUUCCGCAAUGGGACGCAGAAUGUCAAUGGCAAGUAGACCCAAGCGACCUUCCUUCUAUACCCUGCUAGUAAUGUGCUACUAGAACUAUCAUCUAUCAUGAAAAAAUAAUGCUUGCUUAGCAGCACUACCAAACCACAGCAUCAAACCCCGAAACCUGAAAUAUGAAGGUUAAAAGCAGUUCUCUCCCCUCCUCCUAGACCCUAGCAAAUAUGCUGCUUCAAGGUGGACAGCUAUGGAUAUGGAAUCUGUUAUUUCUGACCGACACAUGCAUCUUGGCAGCUGCACGUGUGAUCCAAAAGCCUCUUUCAAAACGCUCCCAUUUCCUCUCAUGUGCAACUACUAGGAGCUGUUUAGUGUGUCCAGCUGCUAUAAAACAGCAUUCUUUUGUUCCUGGGAGAAGACUAUGGGGAAGAUACACAUCUUGAUUUGUAGGACUGCCACACUGCUAUCCAGCAGGAGCCCCGGUACACAACUUCAAGUCUGGCGAGAUACAAAACAUCUGUAAGGGUGGGCUUGGCAGACGAGACUGCUUUCUGAAAGGCUCUCUUCCCUGCCCACCUCUGUACGCCCCAGGAAUCAAUGAAUAAAAGAUGAAAGCAGCAUGCAGUAAGUUUUUAGUUCAAUGCUGCAGGUUAACAAAGAAGUCUGAAUCCACCUCAAAGACGCACAGCUACCUCCCUCCCCAGACCUUUGGCAUGCUGAAUCUUAUGAUCUUGAAGGAAUUGUCAGCAUUACCUUGUUACUUGCCUGUUUCUCCAAAUUUUAAUAAACACAGGCUGAAAGCUUUUUUUAGAAAACAAAACAUGAUAU